AUGGAUGAGGGUGCCCAGCAGCAUCAGGGAUAAUAUUCAUAUGUGUACCUUCAUGUCCGCACCACUGCAGGUUUUCAUCCUUCCCCUCUACUCAGGGACUGAUGAUUCAGACCUGAGACACUAGAUGACUGAGAGAAAACUCAGUGACAUGAACCAUCAGUUAACAACCAGGAAGAGAAAAGUAACCAGCAGUGCUGUUCCCUGCUGCAGACCUUGAAGCGGUACAUUCCAAUAGCACUGAUGUAAGCUACAAGGGUCUGUCAGAAUAAUACUAGCCUUUAACUCAUCCUUGGGGGUCUGCUGGUGAAUGGUGUUGGCUGGGUAUUUCACAUAGUGACAGUUCAAGUAUAACGGUUCAUCCCACUGGGGUCCUCUCUAAAGUCCUCUGGCAGUCAUCUUAACUCCCCAAUAAAUAAAUCAAAGACAGUUGUCAAACAUGGGCCUGUCCAGAUAAGGUCGCUGUAGAAUCUCUGUGGCUAAACACAGCUGUCUUCCCUGCUCAAUGUCUGAGUCUGUGUGGGAAAAUGUGUUGUUUCACUGAGAGAGUACAAUCUACCUGACCCCAAGACCGUGGUAGCCUAAUGAGCUAAUGGAAUAUAUCUGACCCCAAGACUGUGGUAGCCUAAUGAGCUAAUGGAAUAUAUCUGACCCCAAGACCGUGGUAGCCUAAUGAGCUAAUGGAAUCUAUCUGACUCCAAGACUGUGGUAGCCUAAUGAGCUAAUGGAAUCUAUCUGACUCCAAGACUGUGGUAGCCUAAUGAGCUAAUGGAAUCUAUCUGACUCCAAGACUGUGGUAGCCUAAUGAGCUAUUGGAAUCUAUCUGACCCCAAGACCGUGGUAGCCUAAUGAGCUAAUGGAAUAUAUCUGACCCCAAGACUGUGGUAGCCUAAUGAGCUAAUGGAAUAUAUCUGACCCCAAGACCGUGGUAGCCUAAUGAGCUAAUGGAAUCUACCUGACCCCAAGACCGUGGUAGCCUAAUGAGCUAAUGGAAUAUAUCUGACCCCAAGACCGUGGUAGCCUAAUGAGCUAAUGGAAUAUAUCUGACCCCAAGACUGUGGUAGCCUAAUGAGCUAAUGGAAUAUAUCUGACCCCAAGACCGUGGUAGCCUAAUGAGCUAAUGGAAUCUACCUGACCCCAAGACCGUGGUAGCCUAAUGAGCUAAUGGAAUAUAUCUGACCCCAAGACCAUGGUAGCCUAAUGAGCUAAUGGAAUCUAUCUGACUCCAAGACUGUGGUAGCCUAAUGAGCUAAUGGAAUCUAUCUGACUCCAAGACUGUGGUAGCCUAAUGAGCUAAUGGAAUCUAUCUGACUCCAAGACUGUGGUAGCCUAAUGAGCUAAUGGAAUCUAUCUGACUCCAAGACUGUGGUAGCCUAAUGAGCUAUUGGAAUCUAUCUGACCCCAAGACCGUGGUAGUCUAAUUAGCUAAUUAAAUCUACCUGACCCCAAGACUGUGGUAGCCUAAUGAGCUAAUGGAAUCUAUCUGACUCCAAGACUGUGGUAGCCUAAUGAGCUAUUGGAAUCUAUCUGACCCCAAGACCGCGGUAGCCUAAUGAGCUAAUGGAAUCUACCUGACCCCAAGACGUGGUAGCCUAAUGAGCUAUUGGAAUCUACCUGACCCCAAGACCGUGGUAGCCUAAUGAGCUAAUGGAAUCUACCUGACCCCAAGACUGUGGUAGCCUAAUGAGCUAAUGGAAUCUAUCUGACUCCAAGACUGUGGUAGCCUAAUGAGCUAUUGGAAUCUAUCUGACCCCAAGACCGUGGUAGCCUAAUGAGCUAAUGGAAUCUACCUGACCCCAAGACGUGGUAGCCUAAUGAGCUAUUGGAAUCUACCUGACCCCAAGACCGUGGUAGCCUAAUGAGCUAAUGGAAUCUACCUGACCCCAAGACCGUGGUAGCCUAAUGAGCUAAUGGAAUCUACCUGACCCCAAGACUGUGGUAGCCUAAUGAGCUAAUGGAAUCUACCUGACCCCAAGACCGUGGUAGCCUAAUGAGCUAAUGUAAGUCGUAGUAAGGGUCUUUAGGCUUAAGGCAACGUGACUCAUCACACAAGUGACGGUCACCGGAAGCUUGUUCCACCAUUGGGGUGCCAGAGCAGCGAAUAGCUUUGACUGGGCUGAGCGGGAACUCUGCUUCCGUAGAGGUAGGGGGGCUAGCAGGCCAGAGGUGGAUGAACGUAGUGCCCUCGUUUGGGUGUAGGGUCUGAUCAGAGCCUGAAGUUAAGGAGGUGCCGUUCCUCUCACAGCUCCGUAGGCAAGCACCAUGGUCUUGUAGUAGAUGCGAGCCUCAACUGGAAGCCAGUGGAGUGUGCGGAGGAGCGGGGUGACAUGAGAGAACUUGGGAAGGUUAAACACCAGACAGGCUGUAGCAUUCUGGAUAAGUUGUAGGGGGUUAAUGGCACAGGCAGGGAGCCCAGCCAACAGCGAGUUGCAGUAAUCCAGACGGGAGAUGACAAAUGCCUGGAUUAGGACCUGUGCAGCUUUCUGUGUAAGGUAGGGUCAUACUCUGCGAAAGUUGCAGAGCAUGAACCUGCAGGAUUGGGUCACCGCUUUGAUGUUAGCGGAGAACGACAGGGUGUUGUCCAGAGUCAUGCCAAGGUUCUUUGCACUCUGGGAGGAGGACACAAUGGAGUUGUCAACCGUGAUGGCGAGAUCAUGGAGCGGGCAGUCCUUCCGCCGGGAGGAAGAGCAGCUCCGUCUUGCCGAGGUUCAGCUUGAGGUGGUGAUCCAACAUCCACAUCUGAUAUGUCUGCCAGACAUGCAGAGAUGCGAUUCGCCACCUGGUUAUCAGAAGAGGGAAAGGAGAAAAUUAAUUGUGUGUCGUCUGCGUAGCAAUGAUAGGAGAGACUUGGUGUAUAGAGAGAAUAGGAGAGGGCCUAGAUCUGAGCCCUGGGGGACACCAGUGCUGAGAGCACGUGGUGCGGAGACAGAUUCUCGCCACGCCACCUGGUAGGAGCGACCUGUCAGGUAGGACGCAAUCCAAGAGUGAGCAGCGCCGGAGAUGCCCAACUCGGAGAGGGUGGAGAGGAGGAUCUGAUGGUUCACAGUAUCAAAGGCAGCAGAUAGGUCUAGAAGGAUAAGAGCAGAGGAGAGAGAGUUAGCUUUAGCAGUGCGGAGAGCCUCCGUGACACAGAGAAGAGCAGUCUCAGUUGAAUGACCAGUCUUGAAACCUGACUGGUUUGGAUCAAGAAGGUAAUUCUGAGAGAGAUAGCAGGAGAGUUGGCUAGAGACGGCACGCUCAAGAGUUUUGGAGAGAAAAGAAAGAAGGGAUACUGGUCUGUAGUUGUUGACAUCGGAGGGAUCGAGUGUAGGUUUUUUGAGGAGGGGUGCAACUUUCGCUCUCUUGAAGAUGGAAGGGACAUGGCCAGCGGUCAAGGAUGAGUUGAUGAGCGAGGUGAGGUAAGGGAGAAGGUCUCCGGAAAUGGUCUGGAGAAGAGAGGAGGGGAUAGGGUCAAACGGGCAGGUUGUUGGGCGGCCGGCCGUCACAAGUCGCAAGAUUUCAUCUGGAGAGAGAGGGGAGAAAGAAGUCAAAGCAUAGGGUAGGGCAGUGUGAGCAGGACCAGCGGUGUCAUAUGACUUAAUAAAUGAGGAUCGGAUGUCGUCAACCUUCUUUUCAAAAUGGUUGACGAAGUCAUCCACAGAGAGGGAGGAGGGAGGGGGAGGAGGAGGGGGAUUCAGCAUUGAGGAGAAGGUGGCAAAGAGCUUCCUAGGGUUAGAGGCAGAGGCUUGAAAUGUAGAGUGAUAGAAAGUGGCUUUAGCAGCAGAAAUUAUAAUUGUUGUAAACUACAGCGGUUCAAUGUUUUCUAGGAAUAGACUCUAACUUACAGUGGGGAAAAAAGUAUUUAGUCAGCCACCAAUUGUGCAAGUUCUCCCACUUAAAAAGAUGAGAGAGGCCUGUAAUUUUCAUCAUAGGUACACGUCAACUAUGACAGACAAAAUGAGAAAAAUAAUUCCAGAAAAUCACAUUGUAGGAUUUUUUAUGAAUUUAUUUGCAAAUUAUGGUGGAAAAUAAGUAUUUGGUCACCUACAAACAAGCAAGAUUUCUGGCUCUCACAGACCUGUAACUUCUUCUUUAAGAGGCUCCUCUGUCCUCCACUCGUUACCUGUAUUAAUGGCACCUGUUUGAACUUGUUAUCAGUAUAAAAGACACCUGUCCACAACCUCAAACAGUCACACUCCAAACUCCACUAUUGCCAAGACCAAAGAGCUGUCAAAGGACACCAGAAACAAAAUUGUAGACCUGCACCAGGCUGGGAAGACUGAAUCUGCAAUAGGUAAGCAGCUUGGUUUGAAGAAAUCAACAGUGGGAGCAAUUAUUAGGAAAUGGAAGACAUACAAGACCACUGAUAAUCUCCCUCGAUCUGGGGCUCCACGCAAGAUCUCACCCCGUGGGGUCAAAAUGAUCACAAGAACGGUGAGCAAAAAUCCCAGAACCACACGGGGGGACCUAGUGAAUGACCUGCAGAGAGCUGGGACCAAAGUAACAAAGCCUACCAUCAGUAACACACUACGCCGCCAGGGACUCAAAUCCUGCAGUGCCAGACGUGUCCCCCUGCUUAAGCCAGUACAUGUCCAGGCCCGUCUGAAGUUUGCUAGAGUGCAUUUGGAUGAUCCAGAAGAGGAUUGGGAGAAUGUCAUAUGGUCAGAUGAAACCAAAAUAUAACUUUUUGGUAAAAACUCAACUUGUCGUGUUUGGAGGACAAAGAAUGCCAUACCUACUGUGAAGCAUGGGGGUGGAAACAUCAUGCUUUGGGGCUGUUUUUCUGCAAAGGGACCAGGACGACUGAUCCGUGUAAAGGAAAGAAUGAAUGGGGCCAUGUAUCGUGAGAGUUUGAGUGAAAACCUCCUUCCAUCAGCAAGGGCAUUGAAGAUGAAACGUGGCUGGGUCUUUCAGCAUGACAAUGAUCCCAAACACACCGCCCGGGCAACGAAGGAGUGGCUUCGUAAGAAGCAUUUCAAGGUCCUGGAGUGGCCUAGCCAGUCUCCAGAUCUCAACCCCAUAGAAAAUCUUUGGAGGGAGUUGAAAGUCCGUAUUGCCCAGCGACAGCCCCAAAACAUCACUGCUCUAGAGGAGAUCUGCAUGGAGGAAUGAGCCAAAAUACCAGCAACAGUGUGUGAAAACCUUGUGAAGACUUACAGAAAACGUUUGACCUGUGUCAUUGCCAACAAAGGGUAUAUAACAAAGUAUUGAGAAACUUUUGUUAUUGACCAAAUACUUAUUUUCCACCAUAAUUUGCAAAUAAAUUCAUAAAAAAUCCUACAAUGUGAUUUUCUGGAUUUUUUUUCCUCAUUUUGUCUGUCAUAGUUGACGUGUACCUAUGAUGAAAAUUACAGGCCUCUCUCAUCUUUUUAAGUGGGAGAACUUGCACAAUUGGUGGCUGACUAAAUACUUUUUUUCCCCACUGUAGUUUAUUCAGCUAGCUAACUUGGUACAAUAUUCUUCUGUGAAAACCGCCCAGGGCACCGUAUCCUAUGACGCCAUAGCUAACUAGCAUGCUAGCUUCCAAUAACACGGUUUAGCACCAAUCCUCGGUUACAACAAACUACCAAUAGUGUGUUAACACGCUAAGCAGAUCAUUCGUGACUGUGUCUAACGUUGUGUAAAGUUUUGGGGUUAGUUUUUACAGUUUGAGUGAGUACGUCGUCAACUUAUUCAGCCAGUUAGUUAGCUAGCUAGAAUAGUUAGCAUAUUAGCUAGCCAUUGCUCUCUGUCAACGAACCAACCCCUCCUCCCACGGUAUGAAACACACAGAGAGAGCCAAGCUAACGUUAACUAGUCACCCAUGUCUUGAAUUUCAUUUGAAUUUUUGAAUUUUGAAUGUAGACUUAUAGUACUGUAUGUACAGCAUAAUGUUGUGCAUAUGAAGUUCUGAGUUGUGAGUAACGUUUUUAAUGGGAUUCAACCAAAAUCAUGUAGCUUUAUCAGUCGAUUUGAUCUACAGUCAAUACAUUACAUCCUGCCGCUAAAAUACCAUGAAUACUGAUUAUGUUUUGGACGCAUUAUGCAGAGAGUUUACUAGUUGCUAACGACUGUAAGUAAAAGCUGGGGAUGGUACAGACCAGGGAUGUCAAAAAGAAAUGGGGGUUCAAGUCUGGGCAGAUAUAGGCCUGGACUAAUUCUCUGCCUUACGAAGACUUUUGUUUACUUGGUGGAUGUUAGGAAAACUCUGAUGGGUAACAGAACAAAAUGAUUUCAGAAACCACUGCUAUUAAUCGUUGUCAUUUGGACAUUUUUGUGAAAAUUAUAAUUGAUUAGCGUAUUGUUUGUGUGCAGACUGUGUGUGUGUAUGUGUGUGUGUGUGUGUGAAUGUAUCAGUGUGUGUGUAUGUGCGUGCGUGUACGUGUAUUGUUUGUGGGUGGAGGUUCCUCCCUAAAUAAUUUACAUGGGCAGAGAUUUAUGAUUCAGAGUUAUCAUUAAACAUUAGCUCCCUACCUUUCUGCAAUCCAAUUUCUUUCCCAUUGAUCUUCCUCAUGUACUGAUAUAUUACCUGAGCUGUUUCUAGUCCUGCUUGGAGAACAACACAAUCAGCCACUGGUCUGCUUUCAUCUGCUGCCACAAUCAGACGUGUGUGUUUAGCUAUGAAAAAGCCAUGUUUACAUUGAUUCUCCACUUUCACUCCAAUAUUGAAUGGUUUAAUUUGCAGUGCUGCCUGGAAGAGGGACAAUGGGUAUAGAGUUUGGAUAUGAAUUUCAGCUUUAAAAAAUGAACUGGAUCUAUUUCAGAUAUUCAGCCUGUCUGGGAGGGAAAGGGAGGUUCAAUCAUUCAAAGCCCACUGGGCUCAAACUGGUUGAAUCAACGUUGUUUCAACGUAAUUUGUCAACCUAUUUUGACGCGGAAUCUACGUGGAAAAUACAUUGAAUUUGACAAAAGUCAUCAACUGUUGUUUUGAGGGUGGAAUUUCAACCACAGGAUUAUGUCAUCAUUGUAACAAAUUUUCAACAUAGACAAACCUUGUAUAAAAUAUGUUGAAUUUGUAGCUUUGAAAUGUCAGAUCUUCAACGUUACAUCCACUAUCAGAAAAUAAACAAUAGUCUGGGCAGCAGCUCCUACUGGAGAGUUGAUCUAGCUACAGCAAUUCAUAUGGUCUCCCAUCCAGGGUUUUAACCAAGCCCUGCUUAGCUUUGAUAUUUGACACUGACUACUAUCAAUGUGCUAUCAUGAGAACUAUUAGUAAGCGAUCUCUUAACCCUCUAGAGUCUAAGCCUUAAGACCCCAUAAGGUAUCAACAUUUUUUUAUUAAAAAAUGAUUGGAUUAAACAUUUAAUUUGGCAUUACUGCUAUUAGCCAAUAGAAAAACAUGGAAUGACAGAUAGUCCCAAAACAAAAUCAAAAGGAAGUUUGUUCAGAAGGGGCUGUCCUAUAUCUGAGAUAUAUAAGUAAGUUCAGGAAACAUUUUUUUUUUCUUACAUGUCUUUAUCCCCUUAUUUUAGGCACUAAACUAUCUCCAUAUAUACAUUACUUCAGAUGAGUCUUGUGAUGCUUGUGGGCAUCCUAAACGGAGAACACCAUCGUGUUCGUGAGAGUCUCAGCUUUCCACAGAGGUGUCAUAUUAGUGGGUAGCCCAAAUCGUUCGGAUGCUACAGACAGAAGUUGGUAGAAGAGGCUGUACCGGCUACAUAGUGACAGUUCAAGUGUAACGGUUCGUCCCACUGGGGUCCUCUCUAAAGUCCUCCUUAACUCCCCAAUAAAUAAAUCAAAGACAGUUGUCAAACAUGGGCCUGUCCAGAUAAGGUCGCUGUAGAAUCUCUGUGACUACAAGCAGCUGUCUUCCCUGCAAAAUGUCUGAGUCUGUGUGUGAAAAUGUGUUGUUGCACUGAGAGAGUGCAACCGAUCAGGUGUCAAAUUCGUUUCUUCGAAUCUACCUGACCCCAAGACCGUGGGAACCUAAUGAGCUUAUGGAAUAUACCUGACCUCAAGACUGUGUUAGCCUAAUGUGAGCUAAUGGAAUCUACCUGACCCCAAGACCGUGGUAGUCUAAUGAGCUAAUGGAAUCUACCUGACCCCAAGACCGUGGGAGACUAAUGAGCUUAUGGAAUAUACCUGACCUCAAGACUGUGUUAGCCUAAUGUGAGCUAAUGGAAUCUACCUGACCCCAAGACCGUGGUAGUCUAAUGAGCUAAUGGAAUCUACCUGACCCCAAGACCGUGGGAGCCUAAUGAGCUUAUGGAAUCUACCUGAUCCUAAGGCCGUGGUAGUCUAAUGAGCUAAUGGAAUCUACCUGACCCAAGACCGUGGUAGUCUAAUGAGCUAAUGGAAUCUACCUGACCCCAAGACCGUGGGAGCCUAAUGAGCUUAUGGAAUCUACCUGAUCCUAAGGCCGUGGUAGUCUAAUGAGCUAGUGGAAUCUACCUGGCCCCAAGGCCUUGGUAGCCAGUAAACUAUCUCCAUAUAUACAGUACUUCCAUUCAUUUUUUUAACCGGUACCAGGGACUUUCAGACGAGUCUUGUGAGGCUUGUGGGCAUCCUAGAGCAAAACGGGGAACACCAUCGUGUUCGUGAGAGUCUCGGCUUACCACAAAGGUGUCCUAUUAAUAGGUCGCCCAAACCUUUCGGACACUACAGACAGAAGUUGGCAGAAGAGGCUGUACCAACUUCAGACGAGUCUUGUGAAGCUUGUGGGAGUCCUAGAACAAAACGGAGAACACCAUUAAGUUUGCGAGUGCCUCAACUUUCAAUAGUUUUGUAGGCCAAACUGUUCGGACACUACAGACGUUUUCGUGAGAAGACCGAUUUUCGGGAUGUCUCAUGGUUUGACAAACACCGCUCUAGCUCUGCCACCUUUCCCCGCAGAUGUGGAAGGGCGAUAUCGGCGGAUGCGGUAGAUUGAGAAGCAGCCCUGGCAAAAAAAUAUCUGCUAGAUAUCUCUAGCUUAAACAGACGGAUUUUGAUGGGCAUUUUUUUAUUAUGUUGUUUAAAUUUCCACGGGGGCGGGGAAAUUGUAGGCCAAGGGUUAAUAACUAAAUAUAUUCACUGUUGCUAUUGAAAUCAUUCCAAAGGUUAGGUUUAACAGAGCAAAUGAAACGUAACCAUACUUUUUAAGUCAUAUAGCAUCAAUGAUACUAUUUAGGCCUAUAUAGCAUUUGCAAAGUCAUCAACAGCUAUUGUUUCAAUUCAACCCAGGGUUCAACUAAAAAUAGACAAUACAUAUACUGUAGACCAUAUAGGUCAAGCUUUGGUUAAUUUCAAAUGUAAUCUUCAAAUUAAUCAUUAAUAUGUUGGAUUCAUGUCUCCAUCUCAAAGACCAGGACUAAAUCUAAUCCAACUUUAAAAAAUCACUUUAAAUAAAGUUUGAUUUGAUGUAGUCUUAUUCUCUAAUGUUGAUUAUUGGUUGAGAUGGAGACAUGAGUCCAACAUAUCAAUUAUUAAUUUGUAGACAAAUUGGAGUAAAAGCCAGACUAAGUCAGUGCCACAAAAUAUACAUCUCCUUCAAAUGUUGAUACUUGAUUGCGUUGACAACCAAACACAAUUCAAUAUCACCUUUGCAAUACAGUACAUAACCUAUUAACAUGUUGACAAGUAAACAAAUAAUAUGUUGGAUUCAUGUCUCCAACUAAACCAAAAAUAAAAGUUAAAGAAUAGGAUUAAGCCAGUGGCUCAGAUGAAACUAUCCAAGAAUUAGAUAUCCUUUAAAUGUUGAUAUUUGGUUUCAUUGACAACCAAACACACAAUUCAAUAUUACUUUUGUAAUACAGUAAAUAGCCUAAAGUUAGGGCUAUUUUACAAACUAAUGUAACAGUAUUUAUUGAACCUUAAAAUGAGUAACACAUCCAUGGCCACAUUUUGAGGUUAGGUUGCAGGUCUGUGUAAAUCUUCACAAUUGCUGUAAUAAUCUGACAGAAUCUUGAACAGCAUUGAUCACUUGCACUUUAAGUACUUUUAAUGUAAUCUCAACUGUAAUCCAGGUCAUUUGGUUCUGCUAUUAGAUGAAGCACAAUGAUAACACAUUCAAUUGUUGUAUAAAUACAAAACUUCUGACAUUGUAUUCCCAUUUGAACUUUGUUGUGCUUUUAAAUGGUUGAAAGUGCAGUGAUAACACAUUUAGAUGACAACUAAACCAAAAAUCAGACAUUGUUUUUCCAUUGGAAUUUGAUUGUGCUUUUAUACUGAACAGAAAUAUAAACAAAACAUGCAACAAUUUCAAAGAUCUUACUGAGUUACAGUUCAUAUAAGGAAAUCAGUCAAUUUAAAUAAAUUCAUUAGGCCUAAUCUAUGGAUUUCACAUGACUUGGAAUAGAGAUAUGCAUCGGUUGGUCACAGAUACCUUUAAAAAAAGGUAGGGGCGUGGAUCAGAAAGCCAGUCAGUAUCUGGUGUGACCACCAUUUCCCUCAUGCAGCGCCACACAUCUCCUUCGCAUAGAGUUGAUCAGGCUGUUGAUUAUGGCCUGUGGAAUGUUGUCCCACUCCUCUUUAAUGGCUGUGUGAAGUUGCUGGAUAUUGGCAGGAACUGGAACACGCUGUCGUACACGUCGAUCCAGAGCAUCCCAAACCUGCUCAAUGGGUGACAUAGGGUGAGUAUGCAGGCCAUGGAAAAACUGGAAUACUUUCAGCUUCCAGGAAUUGUGUACAGAUCUUUGCGACAUGGGGCCAUGCGUUAUCUUGCUGAAACAUGAGGUGAUGGCUACGGAUGAAUGGCCUCAGGAUCUCGUCACUGUUUCUCUGUGCAUUCAAAUUGCCAUCGAUAAAAUGCAAUUGUGUUUGUUGUCCAUAGCUUAUGCCUGCCCAUACCAUAACCCCACCGCCACCAUGGGGCACUCUGUUCACAACGUUGACAUCAGCAAACCGCUCGCGCACACGACACCAUACACGUGGUCUGCGGUUGUGAGGCCAGUUGGACGUACUGCCAAAUUCUCUAAAACGAUGUUGGAGGCAGUUUACGGUAGAGAAAUUAACAUUAGAUUCUCUGGCAACAGCUCUGGUGGACAUUCCUGCAGUCAGCAUGCCAAUUGCAUGCUCCCUCAAAACUUGAGACAUCUGUUGCAUUGUGUGUUGUGUGACAAAACUGCACAUUUUAGAGUGGCCUUUUAUCAUCCCAAGUACAAGGUCCACCUGUGUAAUUAUCAUGCUGUUUAAUCAGUUUCUUGAUAUGCCACACCUGUCAGGAUGAUGGAUUAUCUUGGCAAAGGAUAAAAUGCUCACUAACAGGGAGGGGGAAAAAUGUGUGCACAACAUUUGAGAGAAAUUAGCUUUUUGUGCGUAUGGAACAUUUCUGGAAUCUUCUAUUUCAGCUCAUGAAACAUGGGACCAACACUUUACAUGUUGAGUUCAUAUUUUUGUUCAGUGUAGAUGGUUGAAAGCAUAGUCAUGAAGAAGAUAAAGAAUAGCUUCAGUUCUUCACCGACACAACAUAGGACGUGUAACUACAGGCAGGUAGGUACACGUGCUUCAGCCUCCUUUACAUAAUACAGUAACUUCAUUGGUAUUCCAGUAAGACUCUCUCAUUACUAGUUCAGUAGUUUAGUGUGUGUGUGUGUGUGUGUGUGUGUGUGUGUGUGUGUGUGUGUGUGUGUGUGUGUGUGUGUGUGUGUGUGUGUGUGUGUGUGUGUGUGUGUGUGUGUGUGUGUGUGUGUGUGUGUGUGUGUGUCUGUGUGUGUGUGUAGAAUGCCUCCUCUCUUAGUCAGGGAAUUUCACACGUGUCGUCUUUUCCCCUUUCGUCCGUUGUCAUGGAGACUUGGGCCCAGGCAGGCCGGCCUGUAGAGAGUAUUAUGGGAUGUGCAGGUGGGGGUUGUUGAAUAUUAAAACUCGCUAUGGAUGUAAUGUGACCGUGUGUGUGUGUGUCUGUGUGUGUGUGGCCUCAGAGCCAUACGAAACAUACUUUAUGCAUUUCUGAGCACCUCCAAGGCGUAUGAUACCUACUAAUGGUCUAGUUACUUUAGACAGAAACGAAAGUAGUCGGGUUGGUCGGGGAGGAUGGGGUCGGCAUAAUCCGUGACUGUCUACAAAUCCAAAGGUUGCAUGUUCGAGUCACGCAGGGGACAGCUGUAGCAUUUUAGCAAACCCUUCCCCUAACCUUUAUUCUAAACUUAACCCACUUCACCUAACCUUUUACGUAAAUGAUCCUUUGUCGUUAGUUAUGCUAACCACCAACGUAAAUUCUCCCAGUAAUUCUCCUUUGCUGUUACAGCGCAACAAGCAACCUGGUCUCAGAGAAAGACGUAUAAUACUAAACAUCCUCCAAGACGUAUGAUAAGUUAGUCAUCCAAUUCGUAUGCUAUUGUACGACCGGGUAAGAUGUAUGAUACUAUACAUCUUUUAAUUGGUAUGAUAUUGUACAAUUGCUAUUCCAUUCAUAAUAUAAUGUACAGAAUAAUACACAUUUCCCAGAGACUACAUUGUUGUGUGUGGGUAGUGAAAGUGUAGGGCAUUAACUAUGCAGGUAUGAGUUACGUCAGAGCUGUUUAAACAGUACUGCAGAGGGAUAGAGUGGGCUUUAUAGAGACAGAGCCACAAAAUAUAUUCAACCCACACACUCAGGAUAGGAUAACAAAAAAAAACACACACACAGAUUUGGCAUUAUAGCCUUAAUCGAAACAAUCCUGGAGAGGGAUGCCGAAUAUGCCCUAAUAUUUUUUUUUUAUUGCACUUCUAUUGUCCUUCAAGAGGCUUGUGACUGAAACUGGUUGGCACAGUGUAAACGAUUGGCGUUGACUGCAAGGUAACAACAUGUAUUUCCCUCUUCUCCAAUAAGACAAGCUAAGUCUCUGUACCUUGCUCAGAGAAUCAGCACGUCCACCACCCACCUUCUGUCUCUACUGCAACACCACUCUGAUAACACACCACGGGCCAGUCAUACUAGUGUUGCCUCCUCCUAUGGCGGAGUUCCAAAUGGCACACUAUUCACUAUAUAGUGCACUACUUUUGACCAGGGCCCAUUGGGCUCAGGGAAAUAGGGUGCCUUUUAGGACACUGCCUACGUGAGUACGCUACAGCCUCUGCUAUAUAAUAAGGGGCUUGCUGUGUGUGUUGUUGCUUCUGUCUAUGUGUAUGAUUGUUAUAAGAAAUGGUACCAUUACUAUAUCCAACCCAAAUCCAUUUGUUGCCACUAUGUAUCCUACCUGGCUGAAACUUUGAUCUAGUAGAAGAAGUAUUGAGGAGCAUAAAAUCAAAUCAAAUGUAUUUGUCACAUACACAGUUUACAGCAGGUAUAAAAGGUGCAGCGAAAUGCUUGUGUGUUAGCUCCCUCAGCAAUGCAGUACAUUAAUCAGUAAUAACAACUUUAAUGACCCCUCUAUGGAAAGAUGAGACUCUCACGAACACGAUGGUAUUCUAAGUUUUGCUCUACAUCAUAUAUAAUAUGAUUGUAUAAUCAUGUCAUUUAAUAGUAAUUUCAUAUUUCAUAAUAACUCUGUAGUUAUGGUCCCGUGUAGCUCGGUUUGUAGAGCAUGGCGCUUGCAACGCCAGGGUUGUGGGUUCGUUUCCCACGUGGGGCCAGUAUGAAAAAUGUAUGCACUCAUUAACUGUAAGUCGCUCUGGAUAAGAGCGUCUGCUAAAUGACUAAAAUGUAAAUGUAUCUGACGACAAUGUUCUCCUAAACGUCCACUCAGCGGAGCAGAGACACCAUUCAGAUGUGUGCAGACUCGUUUCAACUUCAGCUUUAAGCACAAAGUGAUUACAUCCAUCUGUGACCAAGAGAAAGUGGUCUUAGUUCAAUUCUAUGAAAUUAUUUAGUAUUUUUUCAUGUUGAGAGCUCUAAAUCGGUCUGCGACUGUUGUGGCAUCCGCUAGAUUCUCCCGUUUCAUAUGUGCUAUUGUAAGCGCAGCUGUGAGUUUCACAGGUACAGGAAAUUGUUCCUUUGUCUGGAUAGGCCAGAAAAUAUGACAUGUCCAAUACAAAUGUUGUGUCUGAAACCUGACACUUCAAGUCAGCUCCGCUUAGAAAGUGGGAGCAGAGAGCAGAGAGAUAGGGCUUUCUGACACUAUAGGACACUGGACCUUACGACGUUCACAGAGUGCUUUGUACAUCAAAAUGUCAGUCGGAACCGGUCGAGAACCACUCAAAGUCCCCAAUAUGGGGUUUGACAUCUAACAGGUUAACAUAAUUACAAUAUUUAUUGUGUAGGCAAAUAAUUUAUCAUCAUACACAUGGCACUAUCUCAUUUUCAUGAUAUAUGGCUGGCUGGCGAGUGGCUUGUGUGGCUAUAUGGUGGCAAGCUAGCGAGACUACCGUUGGCCCCCAGGGGGCAGCGGGCAGUGGGUUCAGAACAACAACAACAAAAAAUGUAUAUGCAAAAAGAUUAUACCACCACCCAAAAGGGCACUUUCCAGAGAUCCAGAGAAACGAUCCAACAUGAGAACUGCCCACAAAAGGGUUGUUACCACAGCCACAAAGUCAUAAACUGUUCCUAUUUCUACAAUGUAUCUACUCAAAAUGGGAUUUUAAACCUAGCCCUAACCACACUGCUAUCCUUAUGCCUAACCCUAACCUUAAAUUAAUUUUUAUAGCCAAUUUUUACUUUGUGGUUGUGGUAACUAGUGACAACCACAAAACAGGAAACUGGGACCCAUUUUGGGGGCUAACAGCUCCAUCAUUGUAUGUUCUGUGUGUAAGAGUUAUGUGGACAGAUGGUGUUGCCCUGUGUGACUGUGUUCCUCUCAAUGUUUUUACAGUGAAGAAAGCCAAGCUGGAUGGAGCCCAAGGUAAGUGCUUCUGGGAACCUGGAAAUAGAAUAGACAAAACAGAAGUACAGGACUGGGUUGGGGCAAACUUGCUAGCUAUGUUUUAUAGGGACGGGAGUUUACCUGAUCAUGUGAGGCUGGUCAGGUCAUGUGCUGAGGAAAAACUGGCCUGGUCCUAGAUCUGUGUGUUUCAGCCAACUUCUCUGACUAUAGUUCUUAUAUGGAGCAUUAUUUUCCUCUAUUUCUCUACCCCUCACAGACAAAUUCAGUUAGUUAUUUUUCUCCCUCACAGAUAAAUUCUGUUCUUUCUCACUCUACCCCUCACAGAGUAAUUCAGUUGUUUCUCUCUACCCCUCACAGAGUAAUUCAGUUGUUUCUCUCUACCCCUCACAGAGUAAUUCAGUUGUUUCUUUCUCUACCCCUCACAGAGAAAUUCAGUUCUUUCACUCUCUACCCCUCACAGAGAAAUUCAGUUACUUAUUUUUCUGCCUCACAGAUAAAUUCUGUUCUUUCUCACUCUACCCCUUACAGAGUAAUUCAGUUGUUUCUCACUCUACCCCUUACAGAGUAAUUCAGUUGUUUCUCACUCUACCCCUUACAGAGUAAUUCAGUCUUUCUCUCUCUCACUCACAGAGAAGUUCAACACGUAUGUGACCCUGAAGGUGCAAAAUGUGAAGAGCACCACCAUCGCUGUCCGGGGAAGCCUGCCCAGCUGGGAGCAGGACUUCAUGUUGUGAGUCCUCUCUCUUUCUAUCACUCCAUCUCCCUCUCUUCACCAUUCUCUCCAUCUCUAUGUCCUUUUUUGUCACUCCUUCACCUCUCUGAUUUCCUCUCUUACAUCGACCUCCAUCUUUCUUUGUCUUCUUUAUUGUUUCAUGUCUCUCCAUCUCUUUAUCUCUACCUCCUUUUCCCUCCUGCUCCCUCAUCCAUUCUUUCAUCUCUUCACCCUCGGUAGCGCUAUCACUCACUCCUCCUCCCUCUCCACAUGGGCUUCUUCCCAGGUCCUCUCUCUCUCUUCUCUCCUCUCCUCCUUAUCCUCUUAUCUCUCAAGCUCUCGUCAUCCUCAUUUAUCUCUUAUAAGCUAGCUCUCCUAUAUCUCCAUCUCGCUCCUCUAUCCUUAUCCUGAUCUUCCCAAGCUCCUAUCUACUACUCCUCCUUAUCCUUCCUACAGCGGCGAUCUCUCCUCAUCCCAGCUCUAUCUCUCUCUCUCGCUCAUCUCUCUCCUCAUCUCGCUCUCUCAGCUCUGCGCCACUCUUCCUACCGAUCAGAGCUACUAAGACUACUAGAGUCUAGCGCGCGAUUCGUCUGCGCUGCUCUCGCUCGCUCUCGGAUUCUCUGCGCUAUCUCUCUUUCUCUCUCUUUUCCUUUCUCUCUCUCUCCUAUCUCUCUUAUCCUCCUUCCUCCCUAGCUCACUAUCUCUCCUCCUUACCUCUUCCUCCCCGUUGCUCCUUGAUCUCUUACUUCCUCCCUCCUUCCUCCUCCUUUUUCUUCUCCUACUGUUCCCUUAUCUUCCCUCCUCUUUCUCUCCCUCCUCUUUCAUUACAUAACCAUCUCCUAGCUGACAUUUUCAUUUUCAGACUUGAAUUGGACACUUAGUAACAGUCAGUGUUGCUAGUCAGUGAAUGUGGAUGGUGUGUAGUGUCCUAGCGAGUGUGCACUAGUUUGACUGGUGUGUAGUGUGCUAGCGAAUGUGUACUAGAUUGACUGGUGUGUAAUGUGCUAGCGAGUGUGUACUAGUUUGACUGGUGAGUAGUGUGGUAGCCAGGGAGAGUGUACUAGUUUGACUGGUGAGUAUUAUGCUUACUAGUGGUUUAUGAAACAUGUAACAUGCAGCAGGAGGCAGGCUGACUGACUGCAGAGUAGUGUCCUGUGGGCUGCUGGUGUGAUGGCGCGAGGCUUUGGGCAUUGUAACAGUGUUGCACAACAGAAGGUAUGACUCAGAUCCCUCUGUAAUGGCUUCCAGUCUCCUCCCUAAGACUCAAUCCCUCUGUAAUGGCUUCCAGUCUCCUCCCUAAGACUAAAUCCCUCUGUAAUGGCUUCCAGGCCCCUCCCACAGUUAUGGGCACUGAUCAAAAUGGCACUUUUCUUAAAAAGAGUCACUACAUUUUAGCAGACGCUCUUAUCCAGAGCGACUUACAGUUAGUGAGUACAUACAUUUUUCAUACUGGCCCCCCAUGGGAAUCAAACCCACAACCCUGGCGUUGCAAGCGCAAUGCUCUACCAACUGAGCUACAGGAGGCUGUACUCAGACGGGAAAUCUUGCCUCCGUCUUUUAAAAAUAAAGGUAGACUCAGCGAUAUGACAUAGAUGCAGAAAAUAAACAGUGGGUCAACUAAGCUAACAUAUGGAAUUGUUUUAAGGUGGUCAUACCAAGGAUUAUUUAGCUAUUUGAUAUUGAAUUUUAGGACCCAUUAAGGUAUCCCCUCAAAAAAUAUAUAUAGUUGAUUAAACAUUGAAUUUGGCCUUACUGCUAUUAACCCAUAGAAAUGCAUUGAAUAACAGCUUCACACAUGGAUAAACAGAUAGUUCCGCCAAAAAAUCAAAAGGAAGUUUGUUCUGAAGUGUCUGUCCUAUAUCUUUUACAUGUAUUUAACUCCUUAUUUUAGGCACUAAACUAUCUCCAUAUAUACUUCCAUUCAUUUUUUAAACUGGUACCCGGCUACCUUCAGACUAGUCUUGUGAGGCUUGUGGGUGUCCCCCCUCUCUCUUCCCCUCUCACCUCUCACCUCUCUCUCCCCCUCACCCAAUCUCUCUCCCCCGCCCCCUCUCUCUCCCCCUCCCCCAAUCUCUCUCCCCCGCCCCCUCUCUCAAUUCAAUUUCAAUUUCAAUUUCAAUUUAAGGGCUUUAUUGGCAUGGUAUGUUAACAUUGCCAAAGCAAGUGAAGUAGAUAGUAAACAAAAGUGAAAUAAACAAUAAAUAUUAACAGUAAACAUUACACUCAGAAGUUCCAAAAGAAUAAAGAAAUGUCAAAUGUCAUAUUAUGUAUAUAUAUACAGGGUUGUAACAAUGUGCAAAUAGUUAAUGUAUUGGAUUGUAUUUACAAUGGUGUUUGUUCUUUACUGGUUACCCUUUUCUUGUGGCAACAGGUCACAAAUCUUGCUGCUGUGAUGGCACACUGUGGUAUUUCACCCAGUAGCCAUGGGAGUUGAUCAAAAUUGGGUUAAUUUUCGAAUUCUUUGUGGAUCUCUGUAAUCUAAGGGAAAUAUGUGCCUCUAAUAUGGUCAUACAUUUGGCAGGAGAUUAGGAAGUGCAGCUCAGUUUCCACCUCAUUUUGUGGGCAGUGUGCACAUAGCUUGUCUUCUCUUGAGAGCCAGGUCUGCCUACAGCGGCCUUUCUCAAUAGCAAGGCUAUGCUCACUGAGUCUGUACAUAGUCAAAGGUUUCAGUAAGUUUGGGUCAGUCACAGUGAUCAGGUAUUCUGCCACUGUGUACUCUCUGUUUAAGGCCAAAUAGCAUUCUAGUUUGCUCUGUUUUUUUGUUAAUUCUUUCCAAUGUGUCAAGUAAUUCUCUUUUUGUUUUCUCAUGAUUUGGUUGGGUCUGAUUAUAAUUUUUUUUGUCCUGGGGCUCUGUGGGGUCUGUUUGGGUUUGUGAACAGAGCCCCAGGACCAGCUUACUUAGGGGACUCUUCUCCAAGUUCAUCUCUCUGUAGGUGAUGGCUUUGUUAUGGAAGGUUUGGGAAUCGCUUCCUUUUAAGUGGUUAUAGAAUUUAACGGCUCUAUUCUGAAUUUUGAUAAUUAGCGGGUAUCUGCCUAAUUCUGAUCUGCAUUCAUUAUUUGGUGUUUUUCGUUGUACACAGAGGAUAUAUUUGCAGAAUUCUGCAUGCAGAGUCUCAAUUUGGUGUUUGUCCCAUUUUGUGAAUUCUUGGUUGGUGAUCGGACCCCAGACCUCACAACCAUAAAGGGCUAUGGGUUCUAUAACUGAUUCAAGUAUUUUUAGCAAGAUCCUAAUUGGUAUGUCAAAUUCUAUGUUCCUUUUGAUGGCAUAGAAGGCCCUUUUUGCCUCUCAGAUCGUUCACAGCUUUGUGGAAGUUACCUGUGGCGCUGAUGUUUAGGCUGAGGUAUGUAUAGUUUUUUGUGUGCUCUAGGGCAACGGUGUCUAGAUGGAAUUUGUAUUUGUGGUCCUGGCAACUGGACUUUUUUUGGAACUCCAUUAUUUUUGUCUUACUGAGAUUUACUGUCAGGGCCCAGGUAUGACAGAAUCUGUGCAGAAGAUCUAGGUGCUGCUGUAGGCCCUCCUUGGUUGGUGACAGAAGCACCAGAUCAUGAGCAAACAGUAGACAUUUGACUUCAGAUUCUAGUAGGGUGCUGCAGACUGUUCUAGUGCCCUCGCCAAUUCGUUGAUAUACUGUAUAUGUUGAAGAGGGUGGGGCUUAAACUGCAUCCCUGUCUCACCCCACGGCCCUGUGGAAAAAAAUGUGUGUGUUUUUUGCCAAUUUCAACCACACACUUGUUGUUUAUGUACAUGGAUUUUAUAAUGUCGUAUGUUUUUCCCCCAACCCCACUUUCCAUCAAUUUGAAUAGCAGACCCUCAUGCCAAAUUCAGUCAAAAGCUUUUUUGAAAUCAACAAAGCAUGAGAAGACUUUGCCUUUGUUUUGGUUUGUUUGUUUGUCAAUUAGGGUGUGCAGGGUGAAUACGUGGUUUGUCGGACAGUAAUUUGGUAAAAAGCCAAUUUGGAAUUUGCUCAGUACAUUGUUUUCACUGAGGAAAUGAACUAGUCUGCUGUUAAUGAUAAUGCAGAGGAUUUUCCCAAGGUUGCUGUUGACGCAUACCCCACGGUAGUUAUUGGGGUCAAAUUUGUCUCCACUUUUGUGGAUUGGGGUGAUCAGUCCUUGGUUCCAGAUAUUGGAGAAGAUGCCAGAGCUAAGGAUGAUGUUAAAGAGUUUAAGUAUAGCCAAUUGGAAUUUGUGGUCUGUAUAUUUUAUCAUUUCAUUGAGGAUACCAUCAACACCAUAGGCCUUUUUGGGUUGGAGGGUUUGUAUUUUGUCCUGUAGUUCUUUCAAUGUAAUUGGAGACUCCAGUGGGUUCUGGUAGUCUUUAAUAGUUGAUUCUAAGAUUUGCAUUUGAUCAUGUAUCUUUUUUUGCUUUUUGUUCUUUGUUAUAGGGCCAAAAGGAUUGGAGAAGUGGUUUACCCAUACAUCUCCGUUUUGGAUAGAUAGCUGUUCGUGUUGUUGUUUGUUUUCAAAUGUUCCUAGAAGUGGUUAGAGUCUAUGGAUUCUUCAAUGACAUUGAGCUGAUUUCUAACAUGCUGUUCCUUCCUUUUCCAUAGUGUAUUUCUGUAUUGUUUUAGUGAUUCACCAUAGUGAAGGUCUGGGAGAGUGUCUCACUGGUCUGGGCGGGGUGUCUGUUGAUCUGUUGCUCCUGUGUGAGGUGUUGGGUCUGCGGUUGAGGGCGAUAUACUUUAGGGUCCAGGCAAGGUGGGCACUGCUGCCUUGUAUAGGUGGACCUGGUCGUAAAGGCUGUUCAAAUCCAGGGUGGAGUGGUGGGCCAGGUAGACAUUUGGUUUUGAGGCACAGUCACAGGAAAUACUUGCGUUUACCUGCUGUAUGGUAGCAGGGUGGAAGUAUUUUCGUGGUAGCAGGGUUGAGAUAACCACUUGUGCGUUGGGGAAGGUAGAAGAAGCUUUUUCUAUAACUUCCUUGAGUGCUGUGGCCACCCUUUCCUGCUGUGUUCUCAGGUCGUUUGUGCCUGUGUGUAUUAUUAUGUGGCUGGGUGAUCCUAGUUGGUCCUCAGACAGAAGGUCUAGGGCAUGCUGGGUGUUUGGACACCAGAGUUUAGACACUGUGUGUUUGGGAAAUUGUAUAUUCUUGUAUGUAUUUCCCGUUUGAGUCCAUAAGGAGUACAAUCUGUGGCUUGUGUAUGUCCUCAGUGGGUGUGGGGGGGUCGUCAGGAGGGCUAUCAGGAUGGCUGACAGGGGGAUGCUCAGAGGGGUUGGGAUCCCCUGGGCUUGGGGUUCUUCAUUUGUUUGUCCGGCUGUGAUGUCGAGGCUAUGGUCAGGGUCUAGGGUGUACUGUUCUGCUGCGGUGUCGAGACUUUGGCCAGGAUCUGAGGUGGGCCGUUCUGCUGGCUUCUCUGCGGGGAUGGCCAGCUCUCUAAUGGGUUGUUCUCUGUCACCCGUCAUCAUUCUCACCUUCUCCUCUAGUACUCUGAUCCUCUCCUCUAGUGCUCUGUUCUUCUCCUGCUCUUUCUCCUGUUUUUGUUGUCUCACCACAGUCCAGAGUGCAGAUAUGUCUCUCUCCACCUCCAGCUCUCCAGGUCUAGUUAAGGGGGUGUUGUUGUGCUGGACUGCUGUCUGGGUCUCCUGCUGAGCUAUUUCUUUGAUUAGGUGAAAGUCCAGCUGGAACUGUUUGGGGUUGCCCUGUACCAAUACUGUUCCAGAUUUAUAAAGAUGUAUAUUAGCUGACUCUAGUACUUGUCUAGUAUCCUGAGUUUCCACCCGUCGCUAACCCCCCCCCCCCCUCUUAACAGGGUUAGUGUGCUAAUAUAGCACUGUGCCAUGCCAGGGGAUGGUCUGUGUGGAAGAUAAGGUUGCUAAUGUUCCCAUUUUUAUAAAAGUCAGCAAAAAGUGUCUCUUGAUUUCCCACAAGGAGCUUCAUUUUGUACUCUUUUCGUGUCUUAUCAUUCUUUACAUACAGAGGGUACUGUAUUUUAAUUACCUCUGAACAGCGGGAGGGUGCUUCUAAGGCCUCUCCAUUUGGUUGGGGUAGACUGUGCGACUCUCCUGCCAUUGUUGGGCUCAAGGGCUUUGACACCUCUCACUUCACACGUCAGUGCUAAUUGAAGUUGUAUCUCUUUGUACUAGCAAGCUUGGUAGCCUUAGCAUUCAGUCCUUAUAAAGUAAAAUAUAUCAUUGUAAUGUAUUUUUCUUCUUGGUUUUUGAAAGUAAAAAAUAGCUUCAGACUAAACAUUACUCACUCAGUUCCAGGUUGGAUGGUGUUUUCAGGUUUCUGUUUGUUUGCCAGAGCAUUUGCUGUAUAGUUUGGGAAUAGUAAUCCUUGGUAGUAGAAAGCCUUCCAGGUAAUUCCAGGUAAUUCCGUCCAAAAUCAGGUUGUAGGUUUGGACUUUUGGUUUGGAAUGAAGGUUAUGUUGUGGAGGGUAGCAUACUGUAUAUGUCCCUGCCAAAAAAUCCACGUUUAUCUAACUUUAAAUCUAUAUUUUUUGUAAAAACAUGCUGAAAAAUGCAGGAGCAAUGUCUUUGAGCUCUCUCUCUCUCUCUCUCUCUCUCUCCCUCUCUCUCUCUCCACAGUACAGAGCUCUCUCUCUCUCUCUCUCCCCCUCCCCCAAUCUCACUCUCCCCCUCCCUCACUCCUUCCACUCAGUUUAUUCCAGUCCUCCUGACACAAACUCCUCUGUGUAUUUAUUUUCCCAAUUCUCUCUCCUGCUGUCUUUCCCCUGUUGUAUCUGUGCUAUCUUAUCUCUCUCUCUCUCUCUCUCUCGCUCUCUCUCUCUCUCUCUCUCUCUCUCUCUCUCUCUCCUCUCUCUCUCUCUCUCUCUCUCUCUCUCUCCCUGUCUAGUGAGAUCAACAGGCUGGACCUUGGCCUGACGGUGGAGAUGUGGAAUAAAGGGUUAAUAUGGGACACCAUGGUUGGCACGGUGUGGAUCCCCCUGCACAGCAUCCGCCAAUCAAACGAGGUACACUACACCCACAAUACUCAUACUGGCAUAGUACUACUUACUUUCUAAGCCAGGGCAAGGCAACUCCUUGGGGUAAUGAAUUAUAUCAGCCAUGGAAGCUAUGAGUGGAAUGUAAAAUCAGAAUGACUCACUGAAUGAAUCCCUGUUGAAAGAUCCAGGGACAGACUGGUCUGUUGUGUGACAAGGACCGUAAGAGUUGGUAAGACAGCACAAACAGAUCUGGGACCAGGCUAAUGUUUUUGUAUGCAGUAUAACAAUGGGGAUCUAACUAACAAACUAACAAUGAUAAUGAAUGGUGUAUCAGGUUUAUGCGUUCUAUUUCUAUGUGUAGGAGGGUCCGGGGAAGUGGCUAACACUGGACUCCCAGGUUAUCAUGGCAGACAACGAUAUCUGUGGAACCAAAGACCCCACUUUACACCAGGUGCUGCUGGACACACGCUUUGAACUGCCUCUGGGUGAGUGAGGGAGGGAACCAAUGAAAUAACUAACAAACUAACAAACAAAACAAUUAUUAACGGAUGGUUGGAUGGAUGAACAAACACAACUUAAUGAAUGAAGUAAUGACUAUACUUAAUUGACCCUCAUUUAUACCCCCAAUGACCCAAAACGUCUUAAAAUACAGUAGAUACAGUUGAAGUCAGAAGUUUACAUACACUUAGGUUGGAGUCAUUAAAACUCGUUUUUCAACCACUCCACAAAUUUCUUGUUAACAAACUAUCGUUUUGGCAAGUCGGUUAGGACAUCUACUUUGUGCAUGACACAAGUAAUUUUUCCAACAAUUGUUUACAGACAGAUUAUUUCACUUAUAAUUCACUGUAUCACAAUUCCAGUGGGUCAGAAGUUUACAUACACUAAGUUGACUGUGCCUUUAAACAGCUUGGAAAAUUCCAGGAAAUAAUGUCAUGGCUUUAGAAGCUUCUGAUAGGCUAAUUUACAUCAUUUGAGUCAAUUGGAGGUGUACCUGUGGAUGUAUUUCAAGGCCGACCUUCAAACUCAGUGCCUCUUUGCUAGACAUCAUGGGAAAAUCAAAAGAAAUCAGCCAAGACCCCAGAAAAAAAAUUGUUGACCUCCACAAGUCUGGUUCAUCCUUGGGAGCAAUUUCCAAAAGCCUGAAGGUACCACGUUCAUCUGUACAAGCAAUAGUAUGCAAGUAUAAACACCAUGGGACCACGCAGCUGUCAUACCGCUCAGGAAGGAGACGUGUUCUGUCUCCUAGAGAUUAACGUACUUUGGUGCGAAAAGUGCAAAUCAAUCCCAGAACAACAGCAAAGGACCUUGUGAAGAUGCUGGAGGAAACAGGUACAAAAGUAUCUAUAUCCACAGUAAAACGAGUCAUAUAUCGACAUAACCUGAAAGGCAGCUCAGCAAGGAAGAAGCCACUGCUCCAAAACUUCCAUAAAAAAGCCAGACUACGGUUUGCAACUGCACAUGAGGACAAAGAUCGUAUUUUUUUGAGAAAUGUCCUCUGGUCUGAUGAAACAAAAAUAGAACUGUUUGGCCAUAAUGACCAUCGUUAUGUUUGGAGGAAAAAGGGGGAUUGUCACGAUCGUUACAUGAAGACUCGGACCAAGGCGCAGCGUGAUAAGCGUACAUUUUAUUUACCGUACUGCACACGAAACAAAACAACAAACCAAACGAUACGUGAAGUCCUAGGUUAUACACAAAACCUUACGGAACAAGAUCCCACAAUAAACUAGUGAAAACAGGCUGCCUAAGUAUGGUCCCCAAUCAGAGACAACGAGCUACAGCUGCCUCUGAUUGGGAACCACCCUGGCCAACAUAGAUCUAAACGAUCUAGAACGAAAACAUAGAAAAUGUAACAGAAACUCCACACCCUGGCUCAACAUUUAAGAGUCCCCCGAGCCAGGGCGUGACAGUACCCCCCCUCCGCCUCGGAGGCGGGUCCGGCUCCGGGCGUGACCACCACUCUCUCUCUACCCCCCCGUAGCGCCCCUGGUCUGGUCUGGACACCGAUGGAGCGGAUUGCUCUGGCUCCGGUGUGGAGCAGCUGACCGGUGCCGGACCAGGCACCGGUAGAACAGGCACGGACCGUGCCGGACUGACGACGCGCACCACUGGCAUGGUGCGGGGAGCAGGAACGGGCCGGACCGGGCUGGCGACGCGCACCACUGGCUUGGUGCGGGGAGCAGGAACGUGCCGGACCGGGCUGACGACGCGCACCACUGGCUUGGUGCGGGGAGCAGGAACGGGCCGGACCGGGCUGACGACGCGCACCACUGGCUUGGUGCGGGGAGCAGGAACAGGCCGGACCGGGCUGGGGACGCGCACCACUGGCUUGGUGCGGGGAGCAGGAACGGGCCGGACCGGGCUGGCGACUCGCACCACAGGCUUGGUGCGAGGGACAGGAACAGGCUGGACCGGGCUGACGACGCGCACCACAGGCUUGGUGCGAGGGACAGGAACAGGCCGGACCGGGCUGGCGACGCGCACCAUAGGCUUGGUGCGGGGAGCAGGAACAGGCCGGACCGGGCUGGCAACGCGCACCACAGGCUUGGUGCGGGGAGCAGGAACAGGCCGGACCGGGCUGGCGACGCGCACCACAGGCUUGGUGCGAGGGACAGGAACAGGCCGGACCGGGCUGGCGACGCGCACCACAGGCUUGGUGCGGGGAGCAGGAACAGGCCGGACCGGGCUGACGACGCGCACCACAGGCUUGGUGCGAGGGACAGGAACAGGCCGGGCUGGACUGUGGAGACGGACUGGAGGUCUGGAGCGGAGAGCUGACACAACCCGUCCUGGCUGAAUGCCUAUUUCCACACAAUCUGUGUGAGGCAUCAGCACAGGACGUACAGGGCUGUGCACUCGUACUGGCACUACAGCACGUGGCACUGGCGCAGGAUAUCCGGGACCGAGGAGGGGUACUGGAGGCCACGAGCGUUGAGCCGGCACACUCCGUCCUGGCUGCAUGCCCACCUUAGCACGACACGUGCGUGGUGCUAGCACAGGAUGUACAGGACUGUGCCGGAACACUCGCGGCACAGUACGUGGCUCCGCAUAACACGGAACCUGCCCAGUCUCACACUGCCUAGCCUGAGUACGGGGAGUUGGCUCUGCUCUACCUCUAGGCUCCGCCAACCACCCUUCCAGCCCCCCAAACCUGGUGGCCUCCUCUCCUAGUCCGCCGAUGCGCCCUGUAGCUGCCUCCAGCAGCCCCGUCGUCCAAGCCGUGUGCCCCCCCCAAAAUGUUUUAUUGGGGUUGCCACUCGCGUGGCGCCGUUUCUCCUCUCCUGCCUAGGCAUUUACUUUUGCCCAUGGCCCUCUGCCCGCGAAUAUGUCCUCCAAGACCACCAUUCACCCACCUGGGACAUCGCCAACUUCUCCUCCUGGGCACGCUGCUUGGUCCUCUGGUGGUGGGAUCUUCUGUCACGUUCGCUGACAGAUGAAGCGGACCAAGGCGCAGCGUGAUAAGCGUACAUUCUUUAUUCAGUACUUAACACACGAUCAAAAACAACAAACGAAACGAUACGUGAAGUCCUAGGUUACAACACAAACCUUUCGGAACAAGAUCCCACAACCUAACAUGCCAAAAGGCUGCCUAAGUAUGGUCCCCAAUCAGAGACAACGAGCUACAGCUGACUCUGAUUGGGAACCACCCUGGCCAACAUAGAUCAAAACGAACUAGAACCAAAAACAUAGAAAACAAAACAUAGAAAAUCCACACCCUGUCUCAACAUAUAAGAGUCCCCAGAGCCAGGGCAUGACAGGGAUGCUUGCAAGCCGAAGAACACCAUCCCAACCGUGAAGCACGGAGGUGGCAGCAUCAUGCUCUGGGGCUGCUUUGCUGCAGGAGGGACUGGUGCACUUCACAAAAUAGAUGGCAUCAUGAGGAAGGAAAAUUAUGUGGAUAUAUUGAAGCAACAUCUCAAGACAUCAGUCAGGAAGUUAAAGCUUGGUCGCAAAUGGGUCUUCCAAAUGGACAAUGACCCCAAGCAUACUUCCAAAGUUGUGGCAAAAUGGCUUAAGGACAACAAAGUCAAGGUAUUGGAGUGGCCAUCACAAAGCCCUAACCUCAAUCCUAUAGAACAUUUGUGGGCAGAACUGAAAAAGCGUAUGCGAGCAAGGAGGCCUACAAACCUGACUCAGUUACACCAGCUCUGUCAGGAGGAAUGGGCCAAAAUUCACCCAAUGUAUUGUGGGAAGCUUGUGGAAGGCUACCCGAAACUAAUUGAGUAUACAGUGAGGGAAAAAAGUAUUUGAUCCCCUGCUGAUUUCGUACAUUUGCCCACCGACAAAGAAAUGAUCAGUCUAUAAUUUUAAUGGUAGGUUUAUUUGAACAGUGAGAGACAGAAUAACAACAACAAAAUCCAGAAAAACGCAUGUCAAAAAUGUUAUAAAUUGAUUUGCAUUUUAAUGAGGAAAAUAAGUAUUUGACCCCCUCUCAAUCAGAAAGAUUUCUGGCUCCCAGGUGUCUUUUAUACAGGUAACGAGCUGAGAUUAGGAGCACACUCUUAAAGGAAGUGCUCCUAAUCUCAGUUUGUUACCUGUAUAAAAGACACCUGUCCACAGAAGCAAUCAAUCAAUCAGAUUCCAAACUCUCCACCAUGGCCAAGACCAAAGAGCUCUCCAAGGAUGUCAUGGACAAGAUUGUAGACCUACACAAGGCUGGAAUGGGCUACAAGACCAUUGCCAAGCAGCUUGGUGAGAAGGUGACAACAGUUGAUAAUUCGCAAAUGGAAGAAACACAAAAUAACUGUCAAUCUCCCUCGGCCUGGGGCUCCAUGCAAGAUCUCACCUCGUGGAGUUGCAAUGAUCAUGAGAACGGUGAGGAAUCAGCCUAGAACUACACGGGAGGAUCUUGUCAAUGAUCUCAAGGCAGCUGGGACCAUAGUCACCAAGAAAACAAUUGGUAACACACUACGCCGUGAAGGACUGAAAUCCUGCAGCGCCUGCAAGGUCCCCCUGCUCAAGAAAGCACAUAUACAGGGCCGUCUGAAGUUUGCCAAUGAACAUCUGAAUGAUUGAGAGGAGAACUGGGUGAAAGUGUUGUGGUCAGAUGAGACCAAAAUGGAGCUCUUUGGCAUCAUCUCAACUCGCCGUGUUUGGAGGAGGAGGAAUGCUGCCUAUGACCCCAAGAACACCAUCCCCACCGUCAAACAUGGAGGUGGAAACAUUAUGCUUUGGGGGUGUUUUUCUGCUAAGGGGACAGGACAACUUCACCGCAUCAAAGGGACGAUGGACGGGGCCAUGUACCGUCAAAUCUUGGGUGAGAACCUCCUUCCCUCAGCCAGGGCAUUGAAAAUGGGUCGUGGAUGGGUAUUCCAGCAUGACAAUGACCCGAAACACACGGCCAAGGCAACAAAGGAGUGGCUCAAGAAUAAGCACAUUAAGGUCCUGGAGUGGCCUAGCCAGUCUCCAGACCUUAAUCCCAUAAAAAAUCUGUGGAGGGAGCUGAAGGUUCGAGUUGCCAAACGUCAGCCUCGAAACCUUAAUGACUUGGAGAAGAUCUGCAAAGAGGAGUGGAACAAAAUCCCUCCUGAGAUGUGUGCAAACCUGGUGGCCAACUACAAGAAAUGUUUGACCUCUGUGAUUGCCGACAAGGGUUUUGCCACCAAGUACUAAGUCAUGUUUUGCAGAGGGGUCAAAUACUUAUUCCCCUCAUUAAAAUGCAAAUCAAUUCAUAACAUUUUUGACAUGCGUUUUUCUGGAUUUUGUUGUUGUUAUUCUGUCUCUCACUGUUCAAAUAAACCUACCAUUAAAAUUAUAGACUGAUCAUGUCUUUGUCAGUGGGCAAACGUACAAAAUCAGCAGGGGAUCAAAUACUUUUUUCCUUCACUGUAUGUUAACUUCUGACCCACUGGGAAUGUGAUGAAAAAAAUAAAAGCUGAAAUAAAUAAUUCUCUCUACUAUUAUUCUGACAUUUCACAUUCUUAAAAUAAAGUGGUGAUCCUAACUGACCUAAGACAGUGAAUUUUUACUAGGAUUAAAUGUCAGGAAUUGUGAAAAACUGAGUUUAAUUGUUUUUGGCUAAGGUGUAUGUAAACUUCCGACUUCAACUGUAUAAUACAGUAGAUAAAAUACAAUAGAUAAAAUACAGUAGAUGUGCCUAAUACUUCAGACUGUUACCAUGGUUACCCAUGGAUAUUUAGUCUGAAAGAAGUCGCCCUAAAAAAGACUCUACAAGCCAGUGUUGAAUAAAAUGAUAUUUAAACUUACUUUACUCGUUGAUCCCUUUGACGGUAGGAAGUGGAGAUAAAAUGUCCACAGGAAAGUAUUAUUAACCAGACUUUUUGUAGAUAUAUAUAUGGCUCUGUGUCUUAUAUUUCCGGUUUUUAUUUUCAGUCUCCUGACGCAUUGCAUAUGAUGCACAAUAUGUAAACAACUUAACUGAACAUUGUCAACCGAAGAACAUUUCCUAGCAAUCAGCUGGAAGUGCUUGCGUUUUACUGCAAAUUAAACGUCAGCAAUGUUCGGCCUGUUGUUCGGCUACGCUCAACCAUUGUUUACAUAUUGUGCAAGUGUUUACGUCGCGUGCAAAUUGUUUCAGUAUUGAAAAUACAAACCGGAAAUACAAACCAACAGAACCAUAUACACACCAGCAUACUGAAAGUCAGGCUAAUAAUACUUCCCUGUGGAUAUUCUGUCUCAGAUUACCUUCGACAUGAGGACAAAAUCAGUGGACAGCAGGUAAAGUAAGUCCAAAUGAAGUUUAUUCAACAUUUUGACUUGUAUUGGGACUGUUAGGAAAUGUUGAGCCUACAUGUUAGAGACGAGAGUGUAAGUCUUCCACUCUCAGAUUCUAAAAGGGACAAACAGUAGAUGUCUCUAAUCGUAUUUGUACAUGAGUCACUGUCCACACUCCACAUACACAGUCAAGCCAGAGAAGCAUCUUACUGUGAACAUAAUCACACCUGAACCUACAUUCUAAUCUUUAGCUGAGUUAACCAGGUUCGUAUAUUCAUUAGUGUACAACGUAACAAAACAUUUUGCAACAGAAAAUUAAAACAAGUGUUUCUCAUUGGACAAGACCUGGUAGUCCCUCCCUGUUUCGGCCCAUUUGCUUCUGUUUUGUUGCUAGUGAAUACAACGCUGUUUAAUUCCAUUCCAUGUGUCCCCAUAGAAACACACUGAUCUGUGUCACUAGGUUGGCAGCUUCUGUCCUUCCUUUUAGCUUCCUGUGUGAACGUAAUCAGGAUUCGUUCUGCUAGCAUUGAUUAGGUGUCAUUUUACACUGCCUCCCAUCCCCUAGAUACUGUCUGUCUGUCUGACUGAGCACCAGUCAAGCCAAUAGGUUAUUUAAAGGUCUGGGGUUCUGGGUGAAAAGUCAUUCUCACUGUGAUUGGUAGUAAUGGUUUUGUAUGAAAGCUAUCCAAGUAUGUGUGUGUGUGUGUGUGUGUGUGUGUGUGUGUGUGUGUGUGUGUGUGUGUGUGUGUGUGUGUGUGUGUGUGUGUGUGUGUGUGUGUGUGUGUGUGCGUGCGUGCGUGCGUGUGCGAGGGUACAUACGUACGUGUGUGUGUGCGGGUCAGUGUGUGUGCGGGUCAGCUGAUUUAUUUGUUGGGCUCUUGUUUUCAGAUAUCCCUGAGGAAGAGGCACGCUAUUGGGCCAAAAAACUGGAGCAACUCAAUGCCAUGAGAGACCAGGAUGUAAGCUGUUGUCCAACACAUAUAAUGGAUCACCCUCUAUUACACAGUAAAAUGACUUUGAAUGAAAUACAGUGUGUUAUAUUUACUGCAUAUGCCAUUACAUAUGCCAUUCAGAAGAGGCUUUUAUCCAAAGUGACUUACAGUCAUGCAUGCAUACAUUUUUUGUAUGGGUGGCCCCAGCAGGAAUCAAACCCAUGACCCUUGGCUUUGCAAGCUCCAUUCUCUACCGACUGAGGCAAAUAUUAUGUGUGAUGUAUUUCAGAUAACUAACCAGGACUCGUACCAGGAAGACCCGGAGCGACCACUUCCUGUCCCAGGGACACAGUGCUGUGAGUUAUCCACCAAUCACUGGGCUUGUCUGAUACAGGUGUUUGCGAUUAACCAAUGAGCGUCAACUGUUCGAUAUCGCCCUGUCAGUUCAGUGAGAGAUAUUUGUAUUGCUCCAGUGUGUGUGUGUGUGUGUGUAUGUGUGUGUGUUCGUGUGCACGUGUGUAUUUGCAUGUGUGUGUCAGGGUGUACAGUGGGGAGAACAAGUAUUUGAUACACUGCCGAUUUUGCAGGUUUUCCUACUUACAAAGUAUGUAGAGGUCUGUAAUUUUUAUCAUAGGUACACUUCAACUGUGAGAGACGGAAUCUAAAACAGAAAUCCAGAAAAUCACAUUGUAUGAUUUUUAAGUAAUUAAUUUGCAUUUUAUUGCAUGACAUAAGUAUUUGAUACAUCAGAAAAGCAGAACUUAAUAUUUGGUACAGAAACAUUUGUUUGCAAUUACAGAGAUCAUACGUUUCCUAUAGGUCUUGACCAGGUUUGCACACACUGCAGCAGGGAUUUUGGCCCACUCCUCCAUACAGACCUUCUCCAGAUCCUUCAGGUUUCGGGGCUGUCGCUGGGCAAUACGGACUUUCAGCUCCCUCCAAAGAUGUUCUAUUGGGUUCAGGUCUGGAGACUGGCUAGGCCACUCCAGGACCUUGAGAUGCUUCUUACGGAGCCACUCUUUAGUUGCCCUGGCUGUGUGUUUCGGGUCGUUGUCAUGCUGGAAGACCCAGCCACGACCCAUCUUCAAAGCUCUUACUGAGAGAAGGAGGUUGUUGGCCAAGAUCUCGCGAUACAUGGCCCCAUCCAUCCUCCCCUCAAUACAGUGCAGUCGUCCUGUCCCCUUUGCAGAAAAGCAUCCCCAAAGAAUUAUGUUUCCACCUCCAUGCUUCACGGUUGGGAUAGUGUUCUUGGGGUUGUACUCAUCAUUCUUCUUCCUCCAAACACGGCGAGUGGCGUUUAGACCAAAAAGCUCUAUUUUUGUCUCAUCAGACCACAUGACCUUCUCCCAUUCCUCCUCUAGAUCAUCCAGAUGGUCAUUGGCAAACUUCAGACGGGCCUGGACAUGCGCUGGCUUGAGCAGGGGGACCUUGCGUGCGCUGCAGUAUUUUAAUCCAUGACGGCGUAGUGUGUUACUAAUGGUUUUCUUUGAGACUGUGGUCCCAGCUCUCUUCAGGUCAUUGACCAGGUCCUGCCGUGUAGUUCUGGGUUGAUCCCUCACCUUCCUCAUGAUCAUUGAUGCCCCACGAGGUGAGAUCUUGCAUGGAGCCCCAGACCGAGGGUGAUUGACCGUCAUCUUGAACUUCUUCCAUUUUCUAAUAAUUGCGCCAACAGUUGUUGCCUUCUCACCAAGCUGCUUGCCUAUUGUCCUGUAGCCCAUCCCAGCCUUGUGCAGGUCUACAAUUUUAUCCCAGAUGUCCUUACACAGCUAUCUGGUCUUGGCCAUUGUGGAAAAGUUGGAGUCUGUUUGAUUGAGUGUGUGGACAGGUGUCUUUUAUACAGGUAACAAGUUCAAACAGGUGCAGUUAAUACAGGUAACGAGUGGAGAACAGGAGGGCUUCUUAAUGGUCUGUGAGAGCCGGAAUUCUUACUGGUUGGUAGGUGAUCAAAUACUUAUGUCAUGCAAUAAAAUGCAAAUGAAUUACUUAAAAAUCAUACAAUGUGAUUUUCUGGAGGAGGAGGGGACGUGGGGAGGGGGAGGGGAGGGGACGUGGGGAGGGGGAGGAGGACGGUGACAUGGGGAGGGGGAGGAGGAGGGGUGAAGUGGGGAGAAGGGGGAGGAGGAGUGACAUGGGGAGGGGAGGAGGAGGGGACCGUGGGAGGGGAGCGAGGAGGGGACGUGAGGGGGGAGGAGGAGGGGAAGUGGGGAGGGAGGGGGAGGAGGACGGGGACGUGGGGAGGGGGAGGAGAGGGGACGUGGGGGGGAGGAGGAGGGGACGUGGGGAGGGGGGAGGAGGAGGGACGUGGGGAGGGGGAGGGGAGUGGGAGGAGGCAGGGGACGUGGGGAGGGGGAGGGGGAGGAGGGAUGGGUAACCGGGGGGGGGAGGAGGAGGGGACGUGGGAGGGGAGGAGGAGUGGGGGAGGGAGGGGAAGAGCGGAGUCCCCCAAGUGGAGAGGGGGCUCUCACAAACGCCAGCCCCACUCUGGUGUUGUCUUCCUACACACACACACGCGCCCACACACACAAAAGCACACAAAACGCAUGGAACUCAGCCAAACUAGCUCCUUGUUGGCAUCAAAAAAAUGCCGCGACCAAUAAACAGGUGCAUGGCAGUCUUGUAGCCUAAAGUACCUCUACUUUAGCAAGCGUCAAUGCCGUAGCAAGUACAAACAUACAUGAGUUGUAAACAGUAGAAUGUUUCACAUUCAUCUAAAAAUUUCUGUUGCUUUGUAGGUAACUGGGAGGUGGGGAGAGAGACCAACCAA